AUGAACCACGCACGCCAGGCCUCCCUGUCCGUCACCAACUCCCAGAGUUUACUUAAACUCAUGUCCAUUGAAUCGCUGAUGCCAUCCAACCAUCUCAUCCCCUUCAUCCCCUUCUUAUCCUGCCCCCAAUCCAGCCCUCAAUCCUGCGUUUCCCAGCAUCAGGGUCUUUUCAAAGAGUCAGCUCUUCACAUCAGGUGGCCAAAGAAUUGGAGUUUUAGCUUCAACAUCAGUCCUACCAAUGAACACCCAAGACUGAUCUCCUUCAGGAUGGACUGGUUGGAUCUCCUUGCAGUCCAUGGGACUCUCAAGAGUCUUCUCUAA